AUGACACGAAAUUCUUCAGGAACCAUUCCUACGGAUAUCGAAGAUCAUGUUCAGGCAACCAAAAUCGAAGAAAUCGAGCUUGAAAAGGAUGUCAAAGAUAGCUCCAGAGAUUUAUAUGCCCCCCCUGAUGGAGGCUGGGAUGCUUGGGGUACUGUUUUUGGAACGACGUUGGUGUCAUUUGGAACAUUUGGAUUUGUCAACGCCUUUGGCGCCUUCUCUGACUAUUACAAUGAACAAUACCUGACGAAUUACUCUGCGACACUUAUUUCCAUGAUUGGUGCCGUGCAGGUAUUCAUUUUAUAUCUUUUUGCAGGAACUGCAGGUGCUCUAUUUGAUUCCAUCGGUCCACGAUAUCUUGUCCCCACUAGUGGUGUAAUCGUGGUCUUCUCGCUGUUUAUGCUCAGCAUAACAAAACCCGAGCACAUAUACCAGCAGUUUCUAUCGCAGUCAGUGCUCUUUAGUCUUGGAGCGACUUUCAGCUUCUUUCCUUCAAUGGGUCUCAUGGCCCACUGGUUCAAAUCAAAGAUCCCUUAUGCCAUGGGAUGUCUUGCAUCCGGCUCAAGUGUAGGUGGUAUCGUGAUUCCUAUCAUGAUAUCGAGGUUGAUUCCACGAAUAGGCUUCGGCUGGACAAUUCGAAUUUUGGCCUUUAUAACCCUUGCCUGUUUCGCUGUUGGCACGGUGACCAUCAAGCAGCGUAGACCCUCGAAGCCCUUUCCGAAAUCCGUGUCAGCAUUUUUUGACAUUACCGCCUUCAAAGAUCCAUGCUACUUGUUCCUUGUACUGGGAUGCUGGUUUACGGUCUUUGCGGUUUUCAAUCCGUUCUUUUAUGUCGGAUUGAGUGCAGAAAUCGCGAAUUCAGGCUCCAAUGUCAACGGGUAUUAUCUAUCAACCCUCUGCGCAACGUCGAUAUUUGGAAGGGUCAGUCCUGGCUUGAUCGCAGGAAAAGUAGGAAGGUUCAACAUUUUAUACAUUUCAAGCUUGAUAUCUUCAAUAUUGAUUUUGGCGCUAUGGUACACCUCGUUUGCGCAGGCAAACCUGAUUGCAUUUGCAGCCUUAUACGGGAUUUUUUCUGGACCCUUUUUCUCCAUAACGCCUUCCUGUGUUACCGAAAUAUCACCGAUUGAGCGCGUUGGGGCAAGAAUUGGAGGAACCUUUGCUUUCAUGGCCUCCGCUACGCUCGCUGGGACACCAAUAUCUGGCUUGUUUAUCAAAGAGCAGACAAAGGAUAAUUUUGACAGGUUGAUCCUAUUUUCGGGUAUCAUGUCGUUGGUGGGGACGGCCUUGCUUCUUGUUUCACGCCUUAUACGGAAUAGGAAUCUCUUUGCGGUAGCUUAG